AUGGCGUCCCAACCACAAUCGUCCUCCAAACCCGCUGCUGGCAAGCUAUGGGGCGGCAGAUUCUCCGGAGCAACUGACCCAUUGAUGGUGGCAUACAAUGAGUCCAUCUACUUCGACCGUGCCUUUUACGCUCAAGAUAUUGCUGGGUCAAUUGCCUUUGCCCGUGCGAACGUCGCCACAGGCAUCCUCAGCCAAGCUGAAUUCGAAGCCAUCGAGAAGGGUUUGAACCAGAUUCGCGGCGAGUGGGAGAAUAACACUUUUGUUAUCCAGCCUGGCGUCGACGAAGAUAUUCACACUGCAAACGAGCGCAGACUCGGCGAGAUCAUUGGGAAGGAUAUUGCGGGGAAGCUACAUACGGGCAGAAGCCGAAAUGACCAGGUUGCAACAGACUUGAGACUGUGGUUGAGGGACGAGUUGAAAACCAUCGAGACGUAUUUGGUCGACUUGAUCAGCACCAUUACUGAUCGGGCUGAGGCUGAUAUUGAGUACUUGAUCCCUGGAUACACCCACCUUCAGCGUGGACAGCCCGUGAGAUGGAGUCAUUGGCUGCUGAGCUAUGGAACAGCUUUCUUGAACGACCUUGAACGCGUUCGCGAAGUCAUCAAGCGCGUAAACAGGAGUCCGCUGGGCUGUGGUGCACUCUCGGGAAACGCAUUUAAGAUUGACCGAGAAGCUAUGGCUAAAGAGCUUGGUUUCGAAGGGCUAGUCAUGAAUAGCAUGGCUGCGGUUGGCGACCGGGACUUUAUCCUCGAAGCUAUGCAAUGUGGAUCAACCGUCAUGCUCCACAUCUCCCGCUGGAGUGAGGACCUUAUCCUCUACAGUUCCACUGAAUUCGGUUUCGUCCGACUCUCCGACGCUUACACGACCGGCAGCUCCCUCAUGCCACAAAAGAAAAACAGCGAUUCCCUUGAACUGCUCCGCGGUAAAUGCGGCAGGCUCUUCGGUGGCAUGGCGGGAUUGAUGAUGACCAUCAAGGGCAUUCCAUCUACAUACAAUAAAGAUUUGCAAGAAAGCGUUGAACCUAUGAUUGAGCAUGUUAAGACUCUCAAAGACAGUCUGCAAAUUGCCAACCGUGUCCUUUUGACCAUGACGACGUUCCCUGAUAAAAUGAUCGCAGCCCUCACCCCAGAUAUGCUGGCUACCGAUUUAGCUGAAUACCUUGUCCGGAAAGGCGUCCCAUUUAGAGAAACACACCAUAUUGCUGGCCGUGUCGUCGCAUUGGGCGAAAAGGAGAACAAGCCAAUUGACCAUCUUACCCUGGAGCAAUUGAAAUCUGUUGACCAGCGCAUCGGUGAUGACGUUCUAGAGGUGUUCAACUAUGAACGGUCAGUCGAGAUGAAAUCUGCUAUUGGCGGUACUAGCAAAUCUGCAGUUCUACAGCAGAUCAAGGUUAUGCGCCAGUCAUUAGGUAACUAA